GACGAUUCAGCGCAUCCCCUCUCUCCCGGUGACAGAAGUCAUGGCGUACCUGCCAUAAUUGGAAUGCGGCAUGGCACCGCUCAUCUUGUCACUGGUCAAGAGGGUGGAUUCCACGAUUUGUCUUCAGCUGCGGAAGCUGUCACCCGGUGCGCGCAUGCGCUGCAACUCUGCUUGUGUGGCGAAAGAGGAUGGAAUCGACGCCUCUGUGAGCUGUUCGGAACUCACUGUCAGAGGAUGAGACAACUCGUUGCGGCAUCGAUCCAGCAUUAAAACGCGUGCCAAGUCGAAGCUUCAGGGCGAGGCCCCGUGCAGUUCGUUUCCCGCCAAAUUUAACGGAGUGCAGUUCCUGCGGUCGAUAGUUACUACGGGGAACGUCACAAGGGGCAGUCUCUCUCCGCCUCGCGGGUCUAAUUCUCAGGUUUUUUUCUUUUGACCAAGAUGAAGUUCUCCAAGCAGCUUUCCGCCCAGGCGGACCUCCGGUAUCUGAAUGAGUACAUUUCCUACAAGGACCUCAAGAAGGCUAUCAAGGUCAUCACUGGUAGCGACGUUCAAGUGUGCACUGUUCAGGAUGUGGUGUCGAACUUCAGGCAGACCAACGCCCUCACAGGGUCCAUUUUCAGGCCUCCAGAGUCGCGGUUUCAGGAGUUGUUGAACCACGAGUUGGACAAGAUCAACUCGUUCUCCAAGAGAGAGGUGGAAGCGAUUCUAGACCAGCUGGCUGUGGCCCUAGUGAUCAUGUGGCGACUGCAUGCUGCUCUCACGCUCCUCCGUCUAGCCCCCGACUCGCCGGGGUAUGCAGAAGCUCAGGCUCUGCUGAAACGUCUCGAGCAGCGAGAACAAGAGAUCCGAAACGCUCUCGUCGUGUACCCGCAAAAACGAGGAAGGGCAACAGAGCAAGACAAGGCGGGCUCGCCUUCCUCGAACCCCCGUUGUCGGGGCGUCUCCGACGAGCCCAGCAGCUCAAGCGAAGAACGGGAGCUAGGUGCGGAAGGGGAUGACUUCUCUUCCGCUGGUGGGAAAACCUCGUCCAGGGGAGAAGGCGACGCGAAGAGGAGGCAGGGUGACGAAGACGGAGGGGAGGGCGAACAAGACGACGCAAAGCGUUCAGUGGCGGAGGCGUUGAUUCUUCUUGAAAAGGACGUUCUCGAAGUCGAGGGCGUCCUAGAAGCCCAGAGCCAGGAGAUCGUGUUUCUGGACUCCUUCGUUCGCCUGAAUUUCACGGGUUUCCGAAAAAUAACGAAAAAAUACGACAAGCACAACCAAAGCUCAGCCGCCAGCUGGUACAUGUCCAGGGUCGUCCGCCAAGACUUUAUGAAUCUGAACUUCACUCUCCUGCUCACGCGCCUCGCUCGCUGUUACGUCGCUCUCCGCUCGCUGCGACGGCGUCUGGGAGAGCAGCAGCAGCAGUCUCUGAGCAUUUCUCCCGCCGACGAUCCGAGCAAGGCAGCCUCUGUCAAGGAGGACCGGAGCACUGUAGGGUCAUUCUCCCAGUCUCUGGGGCCUGAAGGUGCUCGUCUGUCCACUUAUAAGAGAACCGGAGGCAGUGAUGAGGGAGAACAGAGACGAGAGCCGCGCUUCUCUCUCGCUGCCCGCAGCCGCGGCAGCAGAGAUUGUCGCGAAGACAUCAAGGUCACCAAAUAUCUGAUCGCACCCGACGAACUGAUGAAAGUAAAGGUGCUGAUUUUAAAACACCUUCCGCUUCUUGCGGCCGGCGGAAUUCCCAUGGACGACUCGGUUUUAUGCCCGUUCGAGAACAGCUCCCAAGCGGUCGCUGCAGAGGACUUUUCGGCGGCGCUGGAGGCAGCGGCCUCGCUCUUGAGGACGUCGGGAACUGCCAGUGAUAAGCGCGAGGCAAGACAGAGCCUUGGAGGCAGCAGAGUCCCGACGUGGGAAGUUUAUCUGGACAACGAGGAGUUCACCUACUACACAAAUACACGCACUCGGAGAGAUUCGCCCGACAGCUGCCGAGGCGUCGCCCCGUCCCGUCGUGUCGUGCGUGUCCGGUGGCAAGGCCUACCGUCUCUGAACUCGGCCGGGCGCCAAGUAGCACUCGAGCUGAGCAGGCCGGAUUCAUCAAUUGCGGAUCCUCAGGAGGACAUUACAACACCCCUCGCUAGCAAUGCACCGGAUGUCGCGUCGUCUGCCUUCACAGUGAUUCUGCGCCAAAAGCAGCUUCUGCAGCUUCUGCACGGCCUCAUCACACCUUCGAAGCUUCUGGAUCAGUUGAUGGACGAAAUGGAAGCGUCUGCUGCGGGCGUCGCGACUGGAGAAGGUGCCAACGCGACCGCAGCGAGUCACAGAACCGGCGCAAGAGGAGCCGCAAACCGCGGAGAAGGGAGUGGUGGAGGCGGAGGGAACCGUGGCAGUGACGACCGCGCGGUAGCGUUGACGAAGCAGAAGAGGAAGGCGGACAUGCUCCAAGUUCUUCAGACGGUGUGGGACGCCGUCCAGCAACGAGGCGUCUCGCCAUCUGUCAGAACCUGGUUCUACAGGACAGAGUUCAUGAGCGAAGAUGGUGUAGCCUGGAUCAGCGUAGACGAAGACAUCCGGUUCUCACGGGAGAUGAACCGCACUCCUCCUGCCAAUCAGUGGAUCCGAUCGGAGACAGAAGCUCUCUCAACGGACGAUGUGCACCCAUUUCCCUGGGGACUCCUGGAUGUUUCGUUUCUGGUCCGGGACAACGGCGUGGCGCUGCCCCAGCACGCCGUGCAACAAGCGAAGGAUUUUCACCCACUCGUGGGUCGCGACGAUCUGGAGGACUUCGUGGCGGAUCUCCGAGGUCUCUCCACGUUGACGGAGGUGCCGGGAUUCUCCCUUUUCGCCCAUGGCACAGCCUACUUUUACACUCCGCGCCUCCAGGCUCUUCAGGCGCGCAUGAGUGGAUACGAACAAGCUGUGCAUCUGAUUCCUCUCUGGCUUCAGUAUACAACCAACGCUGAGUUUGACGAUGAUGCGUCACAGGUUUUCGACGAAGCUACUGAGGGCGGGAAAGGGAAGAAGGCGGACAGAACGUCCGUCGGGCAGAGCCGACUGGGGAGAAACCAAGGAGACAGCGCCGAACGAGGCCAACGUGCAGGCAGCCCAGGAGGUCUUUCCAGACCCCGAGUGUGUCACCGAGGAAGCGUGAUAGAUGUGGUACACCAAGGCACGUCUGCAUCGCUUGUCCACGAUUUGCAGGCGAGUGCACAGGUGUCCCCGCCAACGUCGUCCGGCGUCGACCAACUCGGGAACAGUCACCGGCCCUCAGUUUCCGAAAGCCGUCACCCGUCGGCGCCGGCCCUCUCGGUGUUGGCAAGCGCCCCGUCUCUCCCCAUGCCUGCUCCGCCGCUUUUGGAGGUCUCUCCGUUCCAAAGCGGGGCGCGAGGCCUGCUCACUCAGCCCCUUCUCGACGACGGAGACAGAAUGGCAGGCGAGAGACAGUCUGCCUCUCGAGGCGGGGCGCCGACGCCAUCCCAAUCGUGGCUCCUCACCGGCGCUCGGUACUGGAGGCGGUACUGUAACUGCUUCUCGUUAUCUGGUAGCGCAGGCAGACGCAGACGCUCCAUGUCUUGUCUUUUCCCGUGGUCUCAAAGGUCGUCAGCUCGGCGGAUCCAUCCUGUGGGGCCUCGCAGCAUGGUUGCCGGCGGGGUAACGAGUGGCCCAUCUGUGCGUGUGGAGCCGAAGACAUUCUUCGCAAAUGAAAGAACGCUUCUUCAGUGGAUGAACACUGCAGUGCUCAUCGCGACGAUUUCCAUUACUCUGAUGAACUUCGGCAACCCCGUUGGAAGGAUCGCGGGUCUUCUCAUGUCGCCCGUGGCGGUCUUCUUCAUUGGAUACUCCUUCUGGGUGUAUCUGCGUCGAGCGCGGGCGCUGGAGAGAAAGGAGCCCAUUGCCUACAACGACAAGCUGGGUCCGUCGAUUCUCGUAGUCACACUGAUGCUGUCAUUGUCCGCUGUAAUUGCCUUGAACCUGCUGUACCAUGAGGGGGAAGCACAGCUUCCCAUAACGCCCCAAAACAGCAGCACCUCCACUGCUCCUUCGUUACCUCCUUCGCCGCACGCGUUGCCGCUGCUUUCUCAGCUGAAUGUUUCGCAUUCACAGGCCGCUUACAAAGCUCCGUCAGCUCCCAACGCAACAGUAAACGCCGGCGGAUACAGUGUAGCGGACGUCCCUGCUCCUGACUUUUCUCUCUCCCAUCCUGCAACGGCUUAUGCUGCGGCCACUGCGCUCGCUGCUGCGGAAGCAGCAGCCGCGGCUGGUCCGGUGUCAUUCGCUGGCGCACCCGAGCGUGCUGUGCAUGCACACGUAACAGAAGCGAUGACGCAUGCGGCCUCCGCCGAGACCGCGGCCGCUGAGGGUGCCCGAGUAACUGCAGGCGCCAAGUGAGCCACGGGAAUGAGAAAGCAGGGAGGAGGCGAAAGCGACUGAUGGUUUAAUUCGUUAUCUCUAAAUGGCAAAACAACUCGCGACUCAGCGGAGGAGCGCCGAUCUUUAUAGGCAGGAAGAAAAUGGCGAAAAGAAAGAGGUGGGAAUGGUCACGCGAUCGUCAUGGGGUGAAUGGCGAUGCAGGCCUUCCACAUACAGAAUCAUGAGCACAGCAGAGAUAGUAUUUCCAUGGAACAGCGCACCGCCACAGUUAUUCGGGUGGAAUGGUAAAAUAAUACGGUGAUGGUGGCGUCGGGAGACGAUCAGAGUGAACUCCACAACCGGAAGGGAAUUAAUAGCAUUUCUGGUGUUCGAGGAGUGGCGAGAGGUUCCAUGAAACUACGAGUGGCUCUUCUCGACGAGUCUCAGACGAACAAGGCGUUUAUCAUCACGGCAAGUGCAGGCCCGCAAAGCCCGCUACCCAGCGUGAAACAUCCAUUGGUCAGAAACAGGUGUCGCGCGGAAUGUCAAGAUGCGAACAAUUAAAGCAGUCGAUGAGGCGCUGUACCUAGCUGUCGUAUCAUAGACACCCAGUCGCUCUGUUCGAGUCCAGGGGAGAAAAACCGUUUCCCAAGUGGAGGCGACCAACGAAUAGGGUGCAACGUGGGCGCCUCAGACAGACGCGUCCAGAAUUGCUGCUUCGUCUGGGCCAACAUCAACAGGCGCCUAGAAUAGAACGCUGUUGCGGUGGUCUCCUUGAACUCUUGAAGGUUUCUUUUGGAAGCCGCACCCAGUUUUUUCGCAGGCCAUGGCGUUGUCCAUCGCCGUUGCAGGCCAUCAUCACAAAGCCACUGCUCGCUGUGUGGGGCACUCAUCAAUGCCCACUCAUACCGGUAGCCCUCCUGCCAGAAACUCGAGGCCGCAGAUGCCGAAUCCCUGCGGUAGCGACUGUUGUGAAUUUUGAGUGAGUGGAAGGACCGCCGGUUGAUGUGCAGGUCUAGGUUUGGAGUUGCAGUUCCAUUUGACAGUGCUCAUGAGAAGUGUCAGGGGUGCCUAAAAGCUCUGUUGUUAGUCGAUGGACAGUGAUUUUGACUAAAGCACCGAGCGCGACAUAUUCGACUUCCCGAACAGAUGACAGUAACAUUGGACAGUAAUAGUUUUCAUACGUAGGGAGACACGCGUGAGUGUUGUUAUCAGUUGCCGACUGAGUUUGCUUUGAUGGCCACUGGAGAACCCCAUGUGGUAUGUCGUAGAUGGAUUUUAUAAAUAUUCCGAUGGCAAAUAGAAAGGUCUCUUGGAGGGCACACCGUGUCCUUGCAGUUUCCUGAUCGUAAUCAGAAGCACUCAUGGCACUACAGCCCUUCUGUCAACUAUUGAAGUUCGAGAUGUCUCAAGCCUACAGGACAAACUCGGGCGGUUAUUCAGCAGCUGUGAGGAC